UGCCCCGUCUCUCCUCCCUCCGCCCCAGGGAUAGAUAGGCUUUCUCCCCGCAACUGCGAGCUGUGUAGUAGCUUACUGGCCACAUACAGCGGAUGUCUGACAUGAUAUCCAUGGUAUGCACUGAACGUUAUAUCAACUAGAAACUAGUUUAAGGAGUUUCGUAGACUUAGUUUAUAGCUAGAUAGAUAUUGGUUUAAUUAUUUCUUGACAAUGGAAGGAAACAGUAAAUUCACCAGCCUCUUUCACAGACCCAGGUGUCUGGCGGCGGCGGCACCUGGAGGAAAAGCGAAAUUAACUCACCCAGGGAAGGCAAUUCUAGCAGGUGGUAUAGCAGGGGGUAUAGAAAUCUGUAUCACCUUCCCUACAGAGUAUGUGAAGACUCAGCUACAACUGGACGAGAAGGCCAACCCUCCCAAAUACAGGGGCAUCGGUGAUUGUGUGAAGCAGACAGUACAGGGUCAUGGGGUGAGGGGACUGUAUAGAGGACUCAGCUCACUGCUCUACGGAUCCAUACCCAAAUCAGCUGUCAGGUUUGGUGUGUUUGAGUAUCUCAGUAACCAUGCCCGUGACGAGGCAGGGAAGUUGAACAGCACCAGGGGUCUGCUAUGUGGGCUGGGGGCUGGAGUCAUGGAGGCUGUAUUCAUAGUCUGCCCCAUGGAGACUGUCAAGGUUAAGUUCAUCCAUGACCAGUCUUCAGCCAACCCCAAAUACAGAGGCUUCUACCAUGGAGUCAGGGAGAUCAUCAGAACCCAAGGUUUUAGGGGGACCUACCAAGGCCUGACAGCCACCGUUCUGAAGCAGGGCUCCAACCAAGCCAUCCGAUUCUACGUCAUGACCUCCCUCAGGAACUGGUACAAAGGGGAUAACCCCAAUAAGGCUGUUAACCCCGUGGUGACGGGAACAUUUGGAGCCAUUGCAGGAGCAGCCAGUGUGUUCGGGAACACCCCACUGGAUGUCAUCAAGACCAGGAUGCAGGGUCUGGAGGCUCAUAAGUAUAAGAGUACACUGGACUGUGCCGUCAAGAUCAUGAGACACGAGGGUGUACGAGCGUUUUAUAAGGGGACGGUUCCUCGGCUGGGCCGUGUGUGUCUGGAUGUGGCCAUCGUCUUCAUCAUCUAUGAGGAGGUGGUCAAGGUUCUCAACACGGUCUGGAAGACGGAGUGAGGGGGAAUGAGCCUCUGACCUCUCUGGGCCAGACAGGACCGGACAAAUGAGCCUACUACCACUCUGUAGUGGGUGCCCUGUCAUUCUGAGUUAAAGCAUAGUGGUUCUGCCUUGGCCUGAGGGUCUAGCUACAGUAACAGUUACAGUAACAGCUACAGUAACAGUUACAGUAACAGUAACAGUAACAGUUACAGUAACAGUUACAGUAACAGUUACAGUAACAGUUACAGUAACAGCUACAGUAACAGUUACAGUAACAGCUACAGUAACAGUUACAGUAACAGUAACAGCUACAGUAACAGUUACAGUUACAG